GAGCAACAACACACAUCUCAACAUUCCGCGGACCUUCGGCACACACCACGUCAAGGAUAUGAACCGUACAUUCCAGUUCCUCAGCGCCUCCUUCAGCUUACUGUGGCCCUCCGGUAACAAUCAAACCUCCACGUCUCCGGCUCGCGCAACUCUCCAGAAUGAAGGCGACGAACCCUCAAUAUCCUAUGCAGACAUAUGCGUCACACGCGCUAUGCUUAAAGCCCUUGGUCUACCUACAGAGCUGGUUCUCGAGAUCUUAGCCCACGCGCAGUACGAGCCUGUCAUCGAGUUCACAAGCCGUCGCCGCGUAGUGGCGGAGGCGCUCAUGGGCGCUGCUACGAGCGCAAAUGUGUGUCUGCCUGCCGAAGUACUCAGUCGCAAUACUAUACGCCGAGUAUCUGGACCAAAUGUGACGCUCAAAGUCAAAGAGAUCAAAUUUGACAUCAAAAGCAAAGACCAAGGAUGGACAAGCGAGAACACUACUGGCACGUUCAAUACCUCGUCCUGGUUGGAAGUAUCCAUUUUUAGACCUGGGCCGCAAUUCUCGAGCCUUGAGGACCUUCCAUUCUGGACCAGAGAGUACGACAACCCACAGGAGCUGCAGGAACAGCUGUCAUCCGCGGGACACAAGCUUGUUGAUGAGCGACCUGAAAAUGCGUCGGUCGGCGCUCAGGGAGGCGAGCCACCCCUCGCCUGGUAUCUGCAGGGCAACAAGGUAGCUGAGCGGCAGCAUUCCGACUACCAGAUUGUGUGGGCUCCCGAUCGCAGCGAAGGCAACCAGGGUGCGGGCAAAGGUGAUGGCUUUUUUGGCGUCUUGCAGGAGGGCGAUUCAGUCCUAGUAUGGGCCAGAGCCAAGUAUCCGGGCUGGCGGUGCCAGGUCGACAACGUCAAGAUGACUGUGCGCUACAGCUUCGACGAGCCGUCGUGA